CCUGUUCAAUAAAUACAAUAAAUAUGUCAUAUAAAUUUGAAUCUGAAGUUUUAAAAGCGCUUGAAAAGUUGCUUAAAACUGAAACUAAUUAUGAUGUCAUCAUUCAUGUCGGGAAAGAAUCGGAUACUAAGGAAUUUCAUGCGCAUUCUGGUUUUCUAUGUUGUAGGUCCGACUAUUUUAAUUCGAUCCUUUCUACAAAAGAUACUAUUAAAAAGGAUGGUAAAUAUGUAAUUAAUAAGCCAAAUAUUACUCCUCAAGCUUUCGAUGUUAUUAUCAAGUAA